CCUUGUUAUGAAAUCUACCUAAUUUCCCCCUCCACCAUUUAUCUUGUGGUGUGGUUUACUUUUACAGUAUGUUUGGAUGGAACAUUACCCGGUUAUCAUUUCCACCGCGGAUAUGAUUCAGGAGCAAACAGUUGGCUCAUUCAAUUGGAGGGUGGAGGAUGGUGUCAUGCCAUACGAUCUUGUGUUUACCGCAAAACGACUCGGCGUGGAUCAUCAACUUACAUGGAAAAGCAGAUACCAUUUACAGGAAUACUUAGCAAUAAGGCUGAAGAAAAUCCAGAUUUUUUCAAUUGGAAUAGAGUAAAGGUUCGUUAUUGUGAUGGUGCCUCCUUUGCUGGGGAUAGUGAAGAUAAGGCUGCACAACUGGAAUUUAGAGGGCAACGCAUAUGGUCAGCUGCUAUGGAAGAUUUAAUGUCAAGGGGGAUGAGCAAUGCCGACCAGGCUCUUCUUUCAGGGUGUUCUGCUGGGGGCCUGGCUUCUAUAUUACAUUGUGAUGAGUUUCGAAAUUUAUUUCCUGCAAGUACUAAAGUAAAGUGCUUGAGUGAUGCUGGAUUAUUCCUUGACGCGGUUGAUGUAUCUGGUGGGCACACCCUUAGGAAUUUUUUUAGUGGUGUGGUUAGCUUGCAGGGGGUGCAAAAGAAUCUUCCAAGUAGUUGUACCGAGAAUCUUGAUCCGACUUCGUGCUUCUUCCCCGAGAACUUAAUUGCCAAUGUCAAAACCCCUCUAUUUAUUCUCAAUGCAGCCUAUGAUUCAUGGCAGGUCCAGGCCAGUUUAGCUCCUGCAUCAGCUGAUCCUAGUGGCAGUUGGCGUGACUGCAAAAUGAAUCACGCAAGUUGUUCAGAAUCACAGAUCCAGUUUCUGCAAGACUUCAGAAAUCAUAUGCUGAAUGCAAUAGAGGGAUUCUCAACGUCCGAGGAAAAUGGGUUAUUCAUAAAUUCAUGUUUUGCUCACUGCCAAACAGAGAGACAGGAUACAUGGUUUGCUGAUGAUUCACCUCUUGUUGGCAAUAAGGGGAUUGCGCUAUCUGUUGGAGAUUGGUAUUUUGAUCGAUCAAGCGUUAAGGCCUUUGACUGUGCGUACCCCUGUGACAAAACUUGUCACAAUCUGAUUUUCAAAUAAGGCAGCAACAUAUAUGUAUUUAUUAUUAUUAUUGUUAUUUUUAAUUUCAUUGGCACAUUUAUGUUGUCAUCUUAGUGAGUUAUCUCAGCUCCCAUUCAUAAAGCUAGCAAUUUUUAAUCUUCAUUAAAGACAAUAAAAUUGCAAUUCGUCGACUAAGUGCACAUGAUUUAUAUACUUAAUUUUCUUUCUUCUA